AUGGGAUCUGUUGGCGAAACCACCACCACCCCCCUCCCUUCAGCACCGGUCCCGGGCAAGCAAGAUGGAAGCCAUGUCGGUUCAGCCCCUCGGGCCGCGGAUGUUGCCAAUGGACACUCCCGUACUCAAGACUCAAUCACGAUACCGAUGCAUAAUGUGCCGGCCUUUACGCCCAGCAAGAAGCUCCGUGUCGUGACCAUCGGGGCGGGCUACUCGGGGAUGAUCUUUGCCCACAAGCUCCAAUACACCUACGCCAAAGAGUUUGACACACUCGUCGAACACACCAUCUUCGAGAGCAAGUCCAACGCCGGCGGCACCUGGAUCGCAAACAGUUACCCUGGCGUGCAAUGCGACGUGCCGAGCCACAUCUACGUCUUCCCCUUCGCCCCGAACCCCGAGUGGUCGCAUUUCUACUCGACGGGGCCCGAGAUCAAGGAGUAUUUCCAGAAGACUGUCGACGAGUGGAAGCUGGAUCGGGACGUCCAGUUCAACACCACCGUCGAACAUGCCCAGUGGGACGAGGACAAAGCUCAGUGGAAGCUCGAGGUGCGGCACAAGGACACUGGCCAUCGGACAGAAUGGGCCGACGUCCUGAUCUCCGCCAGGGGCAUCCUGAGUCACUGGAAGUGGCCCGACAUCCCCGGACUGCACAGCUUCAAGGGUCUCAAGGUCCACAGCGCCGGCUGGAAUCACGAAUAUGACUACCGCAACAAGAGAAUCGGCCUGAUCGGCAACGGAAGCAGCGCCAUCCAGAUUCUGCCGGAGAUGGCCAAGCUGGAGGGCACCAAGGUGACGUGCUUCCAGCGGUCGCCGACGUGGGUCGUCUCUCGCCACACGCCCGCGAAGCUCGUGGGCAGCGACGACCCCAGCUACAACCCGGAGUACCGCGACGUGGACAAGCAGCGGUUCCGCGACCCGGAGGAGCUCAAAAAGUACCGCAAGCUCAUCAUCGGCAACGUCAACCGCGGGUUCCGCAUCUUCGGCAAGGGCUCCAAGCAGCAGGAGGAGAUCAAGGCCUUUGCCACGGCGCAGAUGGCGGCCAAGCUGAACCACGACCCGCGCCUGUGCAAGAUGCUCAUCCCGGACUUUGAGGUCGGCUGCCGCAGAAUCACCCCGGGCGCGGGCUACCUCGAGUCCUUUACGAGGGACAACGUGCACCUGACCCAGAGCCACAUCGACUACAUCGACCAGGGCGGCAUCAAGACCAAAGAUGGCCAGUACUACGAGUUGGAUGUCGUCAUCUGCGCGACGGGCUUUGACGUUUCCAACCGGCCACCGUUUCCCGUCGUUGGGCGCAACGGCAUCGACCUGGGAGAGAAGUGGAAGGACGAGCCUGAGUCGUAUCUGUCCAUGGCCUGUCCCGACAUGCCCAACUACUUCAUGUUCAUGGGUCCCAACGCCACCAUCGGCCACGGCUCGCUCAUCUACAGCCUGGACUGGACGGCCGAGUGGAUGAUCCAGUGGCUGCGCAAGAUGGCGCGCGAGGACAUUGCGUCGGUCGCGCCGCACCAGCGGGUCGUGGACGAGCUGGUGCGGUACGGGGAUGAGAUUAUGAAGACGCUGACGUGGACGGGGAACUGUCGCUCCUGGUACAAGAACAACCGGAUCGACGGGCGCGUGACGGCCACCUUUGCCGGCAGCGCCAUGCUCUUCCACGACAUGGUCGAGCGCAUCCGGCCCGAGGACUUUGACAUCCGGUACCGCUCGCCCAACCGCUUCCGGUUCAUGGGCAACGGCUUCACGCAGUACGAGCUCGAGGACGGGGUCGAUUUGUCGUGGUAUGUCGAGAAGUAA